UUUUUUUUGCCUCAGUACGGGAGCCGAGUGGGGACCGGCUGGUUACGCAGCGGCCGUGGGUCUCCACCCGAGAGUAUGGCGGCUGGGAUCGCGCAGGAGAGCGGGGGAGAGACGGAGACAUGCCCGCGAUGGUGAAACGAGAAACAAAGAGAUUCGCAAGUUGUUCCAAGAAGCUGUCGAGAGACUUUGAGUUGUUGUUCCUGCGGAGGCCUCACCGGCUGCAGUUCAUUGUCAGCUCUAAACCCAGCGUCCUUUCUCCCCCUCGAUGGAGCAAGUUUGUUAUUUCCUCCUGAUGCACAGAGAGGAGUCAGGCUAAGCAGAUGAGAACCGGUCCGGUCCACAUCAUCGGCCGAUAUUCUCCUCCUCCUCCCCCGGUGCACGUUUGGGACGAUCGCGGCGCUCGGAUGCUCGUACAGCGGUCAGUGUCUGGCCUGCGUGGGGUAAUUUCUACAAUGAAAUCCGUGUUGGGGGCACCGAGUCUUUGUGCUCUGCCGUAGCCGAGCAGCAAGGCGAGCAGGACCGUGUGCGCGUUUCUUGACAGCCCGUCCGACAUGGCCCAGGAGCGGUGAUUGUUUUGGGUUCAUUUCAAUGACGCGCGGACACUUGGCACCUUAACGAGUCGAUUUCAAAUCCACGAUGCGCGAGUACAAAGUGGUGGUCCUGGGCAGCGGCGGGGUCGGGAAGUCCGCCCUCACCGUGCAGUUCGUCACCGGGACGUUCAUCGAGAAGUACGACCCGACCAUAGAGGAUUUCUACCGCAAGGAGAUCGAGGUGGACUCCUCGCCGUCGGUGCUGGAGAUCCUGGACACCGCCGGCACCGAGCAGUUCGCCUCCAUGCGGGACCUCUACAUCAAAAACGGCCAGGGGUUCAUACUGGUCUACAGCCUUGUCAACCAGCAGAGCUUCCAGGACAUAAAGCCGAUGAGGGAUCAGAUCAUAAGAGUGAAAAGGUACGAGAAGGUUCCCGUCAUCCUGGUGGGGAACAAGGUGGACCUGGAGAGCGAGAGGGAGGUAUCGUCCAGCGAGGGCCAGGCGCUGGCCGAGGAGUGGGGCUGCCCGUUCAUGGAGACGUCGGCCAAGAGCAAAACCAUGGUAGACGAACUGUUUGCUGAGAUUGUUCGGCAGAUGGACUACGCCGCCCAGCCGGACAAGGACGACCCCUGCUGCUCCUCUUGCAAUAUACAAUAACCCCGGGGGCCUCGAGGAAAAAGGGCCAGGGAAAAAAGUCUACUUAGAGGAAGCUACUACGACUACGCCGCAGAGAGACACACGCUCAGACAUGCACAUGCCAAUUAAACGGAAUUCAUGGUUGAACGCAAUGGAUGUUAACUCUAUGGAGCAUAAAAUCUGCAGUGACAUGAUUAUUAGUGAUGACAUGUGAGUAAUGAAUACGUUUUGAAUGAGGAAUGCUGCAAGAGAAAUUGAUAAACGACAAAAAGGAACAUGCCCUCGCCUUAUUUUACUUUCCUCAGUUGUUUUUAAACUUUCAUCAGCAAAGAAUCACCUGUCAGGAUCUCUACACUUAAACAAUGUGAUAUGAAUGAGUGGAUUUUAUUUUUCUCCAGGUUUCGUCUGUUUCGCACAAAACACCAACAUGCAUUUGUUUUCCGUUCCCAUGAGUAGCUACUGUUCACUGACCCAAUAACAGAUUUCUGGGAUGUUUUUCAAACUGUAUUUUUAAUUUGCAGUAUGUAAAAUAGGAGUUUCUGUUCAUCAUAGGGCUGAACCAAAGAGGUGAAAUGAAAGCACCUCCAUUUUCUUACAUAUAUAUUUUUUCUUCCUCAGCCGUUAAAAAAAGGAAUUGAGAGAAAAAGGUAGAUGAGUCAGUGUCUUUCUUCUAACAUGAAAUUCUUUCCUUUUUUUUCUCACUUUUGAGAUUUAAUAGUUUAAGUAAAAUAACGCAAUCACAUAUGCGAUUUUAUUUCUUUUUUGGUUUUCCUCUUUAGUACGUCUCUUACAGCAGAUUGCAACAAAGACUUCUGAUGUCAGUGUUUGAGUCUCUCUACAGUCGAUCUCUCCAAACUCCUUUCACAACAUUUAAAGUGAAGAUGCCAACAUUUGCCAUACUUAACAUUUUCCUUUUAUUUCUCCUCCAGUAUCAGUAUGAACUGGGCUGCUCAAGAGUUUUCCAAUCUCAUGUGCUCAGAGUUUUCAAAUCAAUAGUAAGAACUAGUAACGACAAAGGCGAUGAUCCUGAGAAUAAUAAAUGGUAGUGUAAAUAUUUUGUAUUGAAAGUGCCAGCUCCUGUGAAGACACUGACUCAACACGUGGAAUUGUCAACUGUAUGCAUGGCUAGUAAACAAACAAAAAAAGGACUCUAAUCGUUCGAGAUUAACAUCGGCUGUGGAAAUGUGCAAACCAAACACACACACACACGUCUGGAUCCGGACAUUGUUUCAACUGUACAUCUACGUUGCCACGGGAACCUGACUCUCCCCGUGUGACCAUUUUCAUUGUUGAUUUUAUAUUUUUUUAUGUGACCAUUUACUCUUUAUUCCCUCUCUAAAUGGUGACGCUGUUACAUUUGACACCUAAACAAUAAAAGUGCGUUCAACACUCAA